AUGAUGGCAGGAUGGUUCGCGUCCAACUCUACUCUGGAUGAGCAGAUUGAAAAGGCUACCAACUCUUCCUUAGAGGAUAUCGCACUUAACCUCGAAAUCUCCGAUGUGAUCCGAUCCAAAACUGUACGCGCAAAUGAAGCUAUGCGAUCACUCAAAAGGCGCAUAGGCAACAAGAAUCCUAACUUUCAACUGAGUGCACUGAAUCUUACGGAUACUUGCGUCAAGAAUGGCGGUUCGCACUUCCUAGUUGAAAUCGCAUCCCGGGAGUUCAUGGAUAAUUUGGUCUCGCUUUUAAAGGCAUAUGGCGGGGCUGCAGUUAACGACGACGUCAAGAAUAAAAUAUUGGAGCUUAUCCAGAGCUGGGCUACAGCGACCGAAGGCCGUAGCGAAUUGUCUUACAUUGGAGAGACCUAUAGAGCUUUACAAAGGGAUGGUUUUCGAUUCCCGCCCAAGACUGAUGUCGCAAGCAGUAUGUUGGAUAGUAGUGCUAGUGGAUAG